AGAAGUUAUUAUUAUUAUUACUAACACAUAUGUAUUAUGUCUAGGCAGGGGUUUCUAGUCUAUAUAUUACUAUAAUACCUUUGGUGCUAGAUCUAAUCUGAUUGCUACAAGCUGGAGUGUUUAAUUUAUUGGCCUAUUUAAGCAUUAUCUUAACAAGUGCCCAAAAUAAAGUACAAUUCAAGCCAAUAAAAACUAAUUUCAAGAAUAUGAUAGUACAUGUAUACAAUUCCCAUUCUUGUUUAGCAUAUCCGCUGUCGUGUUUUCACUCCCUAGUUCAUUGUUAUGUUUCCGCUCUAUCAAAAACAUAAUCUAACUUGUUUAGUGUUAAGAAACCUGCUGACUGGCGCGUGGCCAUAACCCUGAUUGCUGCAAUCUUAUCGUUCACUACGUCACUUCUUGGCUCUAAUCGAAAGUGCGAAAAUGCCUAGCUUAUCGAGCUUUCUCUGCCAAAAUCCGCAGAGCAAACAACUUACAGACAGCCAUGAGAAAGUUGGAGCUCAUUUAGUUCCUUUAAUUUCGUGACAAAUUUCGAGUGAUUCGUUAAGAAUGAUUUAAUUGAAGAUGACAACGAACAUUGACUAGAAUAUGAAGUCAAUCACGGCCCGGCUGAAGUACCGAUUUGGAAAACCCUUGGAAAUGGACAAGUCAUCUGGCACGAGCAACACCAGCAACCGGAUAAAUCAAAGCAACAGUUCCCGUCGGAACUCAGCCACACACCGAGGUCCGCAGCCGUCCGACGAGUUUCAGGCUUUGGCUGAAACCGAUACCACAAAGAAUCGACUUUUCUGGGGCAGUCGGCGAGGCUCGACGGCUGCCAAAAACGAUCGUCGCUCUAAGACCGACUUGACAGCGGGCGGAAAGAAGAAGCAAAUAUUAUCCCCAAGGCAGUCGGCUUUUACCCAAACGGAUAGAGGCCGAAAAAGCAAGGUUAAUAACAUGCGGAAUACGCGGUGCAAUUCCCUGGUUCCCUCGGCGCUCCCCAGCAGGGAAACAAUAAGGCCAACAUCUGGUAAGCGCGGAAAACAGGCUAAGAUCGACAAAAACACAUUAAAAACGAGCUCAUCGAAAUUAAUAAAAUAUACAACGGCACCGAUCACGAUAGGGACAAGAAAGCAAGAUGAGCUGACAGCCAGAUGCAGUGCUUCACAUGAGGGCCGCAAGUUGCUGCAGGAGCGACUGAUGAGCUUUCAUGAUCGGCGCAAGUCCACCGAUCUAAAAAUGGGCGGCUGGAAGAAAAACGCAGAAGGUCGAAACGAGCGCAUCGUCACGGUGACCGUGGCCCUGCAAGCGAACCUAGGUCCUAAAACUGCCAAGGUCACCGAGACGCAAGUAAUGCGCGAGUGCAGCCAACCAGGGCAGCUGUAUUCCAUUGAUGUGCAGACCGUCAACGCCGAGAUCCCCUACGCGGAUGCAUUCGUCGUCCUGAUGCACUUCUGCCUCAAGGCUACUGUUGAGGAAUAUACUGACGUCUUGGUUUAUGCCCAGAUAAAGUUUCUGAAGUCCGUGUGGGCGGUGGUCAAGGCAUUCAUCGAGAAGAAUGCAUACGCGGGUCUUGAGGAGUUCUGCCACUCACUAUACAGCGCCCUACUUGUCGAGAUCAAGAAGAGGUAACCUAAAGAGUUUAAACGAGGAGAACCUUCAAGAGUAAUUAACAAAAAAACAUAUACUUCUCAAUGUUUUGAAUAUGAUGAUCUGUUACUUUUACUAGGUAAACUGAAAUAUUCUUUGACUACCGAAAAUACCAGUCCCUAAAACAAACUUAAA